UAUCAGUCGGGGGUGAUAACAACCUCAUAACGAAAAUCCCUUUGCCAAUACGUUAUGCAAUGUUUACAAAGAUGUUUCAAGUGGUGUCAUCUUUUAUCAGUUAAGUUAUCAGGAAACUUAUCAGAAUAAUUAUCACGAAUUCGUGACAAUAUUUAUAACUUUAGCUCAAUAUCGGAAGUGGCUAUCGCGUCUUUUCGGUGUAAAUAAUGCGUAAUUUUUAUUCUUUGCCUCGUACAUUCACAUCACAUGACAGUAGAGGUAAUGUCAACAAGUCACCACUUAUGUCAACGGGCCAUUUUUGUCAAAUUCACCGCACAGGUAUUCGAUGACAGUCGCAAGUUUUGAUGUCACCAAGCGAUGAAGUGUCACAUCCUCACACACACCACUGAACGCGCGAGUGUCAGGCCAUUGACACAUGUCAGUCAAAAUGACAAGGAUUAGUAAAGUUACUCAUUCGUGACGCUCCCGACACAAGAGGGGUACAGGCGCAUGCCCACAGCGCCCGUUAUCCCGAACUGGGUCAGUCAGCCCAAACAUUGCCAACAAAAAUGGCUGCCAUGGAGGAUGGCAAACCGUCUGAACAAACCCAGUUUCCGCGAGUUGGCAGGCCAAGAAAACCUCUCCACGAAAAAAGAAGGAGACAACAAGAAGCAACAAAAUGGCGGGAUGCACGGAGAGUUUACCUCGGCAAUUCUUACGACCGUUGGAAGAAGUUGAAGAGCCGAAUCGGCUUGAAAGAUUGCAGCCUCGCGUGGCAUUUAAUGGAGGCUCACGAUUCGCAUUGUGUCGAAUGUGGGAGAGGCACCAGUCUUGGCGACGACGAUGAUGGCACACCACACAAUUUCUUUCCUCAAAUUAUCAAGUCCAUUCGACGGAUAUGUAUGCAGUACCUCAGCUUUCAGCACACCGUUGAAGUGGUUGGACUGGUCUGUUUGGAGAUUGACAAAGGAACGAAAGAAAACUUCAGCAUCAAAGAAGUUGUCAAUCGUCCAAUAGGUCUCCGAGUGGAAGCAUUGGCUUCGCAACAAAAAUCAUCAGAAAAUGACUAUAGCAUUGAACUUGCCAAUGAUGAAGAUGACGAUGAUGAGGAUGAUGAUGAGGAUGAAAAUUGUGAUGAAGACGAUGAUUACAUGUCUGAUGUGUCCAAUGUGGGAAGUGACGUUGAAAGCGAACACAAGCCGUUUGAUCAUUUCAGUGUGGGUGAUUAUUCAAAGGGAGACGAUUCUGCUCCUUUAGAACUGAGCAAAAAAGAUGAGGUAAAUGACUCCGAUUCUAUCUGUGAUAAAAGCUCUAGUCGUGAUGUGCCAUCAAAGGAUGGGAUCCCUGAAUCAAGGAGAGGUAACUCUAGUCUAAACUUUCUGCCACUGACUUCUAUGCAAGAUCGACCUUGGACACCAAGCCCUAGCAUGCUGUCGGCAAGUGCUAAAAUGGACAUAUCAAGAUUUGUGAAUGAAAAUGACAGCGAGAGAAGCAAUAAUAGUGUAAGUGACAGUCCUCUCACCAUAGCAGAAGUAAAGGCAGAGGACCGAGCGGAGGAUGAAGACUUUGUAGCGGAAACUGUUGAGGACACAGAUGAUAAAGCAGAGCGGGUCACCCAGACUCUUUCCUCCAUUGCUGCGGCCAAGACCCUCCCCUCCCAGACAGACCACCAGACCGACCACCAGACCAGUCCCAUCGACCUUGUGGUCAAGCAGGAGCCAGCAGACCAUCCACAGCCCAACCCCCCUGACCUUGUGCAUCCCUGCUUGGACAAUCGAUCCCCAGCCAACACCCCUGAUAACAGUGGCAAGAAGAGGAAGAUAGCUGAAGACAGAUUUUCCCAGAUUCUCUCUUCCACUGCUGCGGCCAAAAUCCUGCCCUCUCAGACAGACCACCAGACCAGUCCCAUCGACCUUGUAGUCAAGCAGGAGCCAGCAGAUCAUCCACAGCCCAACCCUUCUGACCAUGUGCAUCCUCGUCUGGACAGUCGGUCCCCGGCAAACACUCCUGAUAACAGUCUGAGUGGCAAGAAGAGGAAGUUUGCCUCGUUGGAACCAGUGCUAAACAGCCACAAGAAGGAGGUGUUUCACAAGGAGGAGUAUGAGGUCUUGGAGAUGACUCCCUUCACAGACUAUGCCGAGUUCUUGCGCCAUUGUCCCACGGUGCUACAGCGGACAUUCUAUCGCUGGAAGAGACGGAUCAAGGAUGAGUACAUCUUCCUGGAACAGCAUCCAGACAUGACAUAUCAAGAAUAUAUCCAAUAUAUCCCCCAUGCCAAAGAAAAUGUAUUUAGUUUCUGGAAAUCAUUGAUGCAGAAGGGCUACCUCUUUGGAACCGGUUCCGCCAAUCACAUGACAUCGAUAUCCUUAAAGACUGACUUGGACAGUAGAAAGUCCAGCCCUGUGCCAAACCAACAACAGUGGGAUGAAGAAAACAACGGACAUAAAGUACUCAAAUUUAUGCAGAAAAAUCUUGCUGCAGAAUAUUCAGAAGUUGCUAAACAUUUUCCCAAUUUCCCCAAGCAUGUGUUUAAGAUCUGGAAGCAACAGAAUCUCCAAGCAUGGAAGUUCCUAGAACAGAAUUUUUCCAUUGACUAUGCACUGUUUGCAAGAUGUUUUCCUACAGUGGCUGAAGAAGUGUUCAAUAUUUGGAGGGAGAAUGUGCUGAGGGAAAACAGGAACAAAAUCUUGAACCUGCAGCGAGAGGCUGUGUCUACCGCUGAGCACAUUCAGGAGGCCCAGAAGGUUUUGUGGACAUCAAUGAUGUCACAGAGACUAGCCCAGGAGCAGAGUAGGUUCUCAACCAGUCCUGGUUCAUGGCCAGGAAUCGGUGGGAGCUGGUUGGGAGACUAUCCUGGUUUCUGGGGAACUGCCCUGAAUCUCUCCGGCCUAGCACGUAUGGAUUCUAGUCAGCUUUCUCAGCUACCAAUGUCCGAUACCCGUCAUACUGAAAGCUCUAAAAAUGGUAGCACAAGUGAUAAUUCUUCUGAAAAGAAUCUAACAUCUCUUCCGAACAAAAUAAGUCAUUCUGAUUUCGAUGACACCGAUUCUGGAUUUCUUUCAAAGAACCAUCAGUGGAAGAAAAGAGCAGGAUCUCUGAGUGCCCAUGGACAAGAAUCUCCACGAUCUCUGCAGUCUGAGUCAGCAGAUCAUGCUGCCACUGAGAGGUUAGUUGUAGACAGUGACAGAGAUGACUAUGAUGAUGAACCUCGAGACGAGAACCUGAACAUUGAUAGAGAAGAGAAGAGCUCUCGAAAAAUUAAUGAGCAUGAAUUUCUCUAUCUGCAGCUGCAUCCAAGCAUAGACUUUGCAGGGUUUACAUAUCAAUUCCCCAACACAUCUGUGAGGACAUUUUAUAGGUGGAGGAGAGAGAUACAGGACCAGAUCAAUGUCCUCCGUGGCGAUCCCAACAUAUCUUUUGAGGACUUUCACAAAACAUACCCAAAGGUGUCUGAAAAAGUUGUAUCCAAAUGGAGGGAGGUUGUGCUAUCUGAAAAAGAACUUAUGAAUGGCUGUGAGGAUGAAUCUGUGAAUCUCAGUUCUCAAAUUGAGAAAUUAUCCAAAGAUGACAAUCACAUUGUUCAAACACUCCUUAAUCAAACAAAGAAAGUGAAGCUGUUGUCCAGUGAUGAACAGUGUGCCACCCAAAGCAAUAAUAGUCCAACUAGCUGUGAUAAUUUUACUAGUACCUUCAGCAACUCCAGAGUCAGUGGAAAAGCACUGAUGAAAGCUAGUCGUCAAGAAUACUGCUUCCUUCAAAAGAACCCGGAUAUUGAUCUUCAAGGCUUCUUGCGAUUGUUCCCAGACAUGCCUACAGGAACAUUCUAUCGCUGGAGGAGAGAAAUCAAAUCCAUCAUCGAAUUCAUCUCUGCACAUCCUGAUGCAUCGUACCAAGAUAUUGUGUCAGAGCUCCCCGAAGUGUCCCAAGAAAUGUUCAAUGAGUGGAAGGACAAAUUGAAGACUCCUCAAGAAGGUUCUGGCAGUCAGGAACAGAACCCUAUCCGAAGUCUUCAGGCGCUGGUGAAUGAUGGUGAGACAUAUGCCACCAAACAGGGUUAUCAUAGAGAACCAGGGUUCUUGUACCUCCUGGAGAACCCACUGAUCAGUAUAGUGGAGUUCAGUAAGCUCUAUCCAGCUGUUCCAGCAGGGAUGUUCAGCCGGUGGAAGAAGCUUGUGAGAGACUGGUUCAGUUUGCUGAAGGUUAGUACUGACAUUGAUUACAAGACCUUUUCUUUCUACUGUAGAGAGGUGCCUGAAACCGUCUUCACGAAAUGGAAGACCCUUAUUCAGAAAAAAGAAGAGCCCACAGAUGAACAGUGUAAAGCAGAUUGGAACAAUGGGAACUCACCCGAGGACUGGGUCCUCACCAAGACCAGGAAGGUCAAUCAGACUGAAUAUCUGUUCUUUCUGAUGAAUCCGUACAUGGAUUACAAUGAAUUUGCUAUAACGUUCCCUCUCAUCUCUCUUCGGACUUUCUAUCGAUGGAGGAGAGAAAUUCGCGAGAGCCUGGAGUACCUAGAGCAGCACCCCGAUGUCAGUUACAAAGCAUUCUGUCAGGUGUUCACUGUAGUCCCCGAGGAAGUGUUCAACAGGUGGAAAGAGCUCUCUGCCGAACAAAACAGGAAGGUGGAAAUGAGUUCAGAAUCUCUCAAGAGGCAACUGCAAUAUCAUGAUCCCGAGAAUACUUCUAAUCAGAUAGAGGUUGCCGCUUCCUCUCCCGACUCAGACAAUGAAGCAAAUGAUGGACAGUCUCUGCAGAUGUUUAAUGAUCCAGUUCUUCCACCAAAUAAAGCAUUAGACAUUCCUGAUCAUGCCAUGUUUUCAACAGACAGUCCUGAUCCUCCAGGGAUUGUGAGUUCCUUGAGCUCCUCCGAAUCUCUCAGUGCAGCUGUGGAGAGCAUCUGCCGAUCAGCAGGUCUUCCUCCUUUAGAUCAAGCUGUGGAUGAAAUCAGCGAGCAGCGAGCCACUUCCCCUGUAGCAGCUCAUGCGGGAUCUUCAGGUCUGGGAGGAGUAGCUUUCCCGGGAAUGUCUUCAGCUCAGUCUAGUGCUUCACCUACAGCUCCUGACUCUGCCCAAAGUCAAUAUCUGGCAAUAAAACAAGAGGAGUCUUUCAACGAAACCAACAGCCACCCAAAGCUGGACUCUUUCCCCGCCACAGCACCUCAACCCUCAAGCUCCAACUUAGGGGGGAUAACAUUUCCAGGAAUGUCUUCCGUGCCAACCAGCAUUCCUCCAUCCUAUCUCGACUCCGGGGCUCUGUCAUCCCAGAUGGUUAAAGAAGAGUCUUUCUUUUCACCCCGGGCGAGGAAGCAAAGUCGAGAGGAGUACCUCUUCCUCCAACAGAACCCCAACAUGGACUUUCUGGAGUUCUGUAGUCACUACCCCACCAUCUCCUUGAGGACCUUCUACAGAUGGAAGAGAGAGUUCCGCCAGUCGAAUGAGUACAUGAUGGGUUUGCAUGGUAGUCUACAGAAUGUCAGUAAUAGUCCAGGGGCUGUGUGGGGGGGUGGCGUAGCCUAAUGGUUAGAGUGUCCUUCCAAAGAUCUAGGUUUGAAUCCUAUGUGAGUAAUCUGUGAAUAUUGCUAUAGCUGUGUAAGACGACUGCUUGACCACACUCACUCACUCACUCAAGGUCACCAUGGAGAUGGUGAGGAACAUGUUUCGAAAUAGAAUUACUGUGAAACCUUGUUAAAUCUGGGCAGUUCAUUCCAUCAAUAUUCAUCCAGUAACUGGUUUCCAUGGGAAGCAAACAUGAGCACUUUGAUAUGAAAACUGUGCUUGGAUAACGGUUGUGCGAUUUUAUCUUCAUGGGGGCUUGAGAUUUUUGUUCAUCAAAAACUAUGUAUGUGAUCUAUCUUACAACAUGCAUUUUGUUUACAUGUUUGGUCUAUCUCACAGCAUGCAUUUUGGUCAUUUUGUACAAUCACAGUACAUGGAUAAUUUCUUCUUUUGUGGGGUUUAAACAUGCGAGCAAUAUUACACCACCCCCUCAAGAUAAAAUGAGCUGACCCUUUUCAAGCAUGGGUGGUUUAUGAACAUUCUGAACAACCACUGAUACCUUUGACAUUUUAUAGUUCCAUGUUAGAAUUAUAUUGAAUCAUUGAAUCAUCGUGACGUCUACAUGUUUUUUUAUCUUCCAAAGCUUGUCGGGUUGUAUUGAGACGUUGGCAUUACAUAUACAUAUAGGCAUGCAAUAUUAAGGAACUAGUCCCACAAGUAACUUUGGUCUAUGCACUUGUCUGUCGAAAGGAUAUCCAUCAUGCCUUCCGUGACUUGCAAAUUUGACAUGAAAUGAUUUUACUCUGCUGUGCAUCAAUGUAAUAUUUAUACAUAUUUGACAUGUUUGAUAAGACCGUGAAGAGAGUACAGGGUUAGACAGGGCUUCAAGUCGGUUAGUUUUUGCGACUGGUGCAAAUCUUGAAGCUGCCAAAAUUAUAUGUUAACAUGGUUAUUUCGAAAUGAGUUGUGGACUAGUUUGAUUAAGCUCAUGGUUUUUACCCCUGUAGUGUUGUAAAGAAGUUGAAGUUUGACAGCAUACUUGAGACACAAUAUGCACUGUAUUCUUUUUCCGUGUCAAGAGUCUAUGGUUGAGUGUCAAUUGAGCGAGAUGCAAGGGGCUUGCAUGUGGUGCAGGUUAUGUGCUACAGAUGCCAGGCUGUUGUCAAUAUUUCAGUUUUGACCCGUGAAAGCAUACAGCUGACAUGCGAUGUAGGAAUGUUGCGUGUCUAUUUUUACAAAGCUAAUGAAAAUGGACAGUUUAUAACUCAUGGAAGUUAAACAAGUCCUACUCCUGUAAGGACUUUGUGUGAACCCUACCAUUGCCUAACAUUAAGGCAGUGUAAUGAGAAGGCAGCCACAGGGCUAUGGCACAAUUUGCAUACGUUGUCAAGCAAAACAGUGUGAUGUUAGCUCGGUGCUCAUUGGUCGGAGUACUUGCUGGUUUCUCACACGUUGGAACCAGGCUUUUUUUGAUACGUUCGAAACAAACAUCGACUACAUCGCAUAUCGGCUGUAUUCAUGAAAGAUGGAGAGACAUAGUGUAUAGAAACAUGAAGUACUGACAAUAGAUGCCUGUCAAUUUGAGAUUCCUCGUCAGGUGUGUAACAAGGUACGUUAGGGUAGGGCAACUAUAGCAUGGCGAUGCAAUACUAUUAUCUCUCAUAGUUCUUUCACAGGCUCUCAAGUGUAAUCUCAUUCCAAUUACUCGUGUGCCAUAUUGUAUGCAGUCACAAGGGUUCCGAUUGCUAUAGGAGGUAGUGGCCAUAUUGCAUUCAGUAAUCUCUCUUUCAUCAACGUCUUUUGCAAUAUGUGUUUGUGUCUGGUUUGCCAUAUAUUUAAUACAUGACACGUUUCCGAAUUUGUAAUGUUGUUUGUCAAGUCAAGAAGUGCUAGUUAUACAGAAUAUGUGUGGACCAAAGGUCAUUCCAACUGUUUUUGAAUUUAUUCUGUGCAAAGUUUAAUGACAAUCCUUAGAAAAUAUAGAUAGACUGUGAAACUGUUUUUCUGCUGGUACUUGGACUCCAUAGUUCAUAGCUUUGUGUCGAGUCAUGUUUGAUUGAUACAAGGCUAAAUAUAAUCAUCUGAUCAAACAGUCCUUUCCUUAACAUGUUUAAUAAUUAGAACAAGUGAUGACAUCUCUGAAAGCUCUGGACAUGUCUUGCGUUUCAUCUGAGAACAGGGCGGUCGGGUAGCGUUCACUUGUCUCGUCGAAGACCCGGGUUCGAUUCCCGACAUGGGUACAAUGUGUGAAGCCCAUUUCUGGUGUCCCCCGCCGUGAUAUUUCUGGAAUAUUGCUAAAAGCGGCGUAAAACCAUACUCACUCAGUCACUCACUCAUCUGAGAACAACUGUUAGCAUUGGGCAAAAGUUAAUUUAUAACCCUCUUAUUCAUUGUGUUCUUAAACUCCUUUUGCUUUACGUAUACCACUUAAAACAAAGUACAGGACCACCUGAUUCUUUCAUAUUACCCUAGUUAUUCUGUUAUACCAUGACAUUAACUAUAGCAAUAUGAAAGAAUUGGAUGGUCCUUAACUUCUUAUGUGUAGUAUAUUUAGCUUGUAUUUUGAAUGUAGAUCUAUGCCAGUUUAAAUGGUCAUUGAUUUCAAGCAAGAGAAGUUGAGACAUCACUGAGACAUCAGUUAUUGUGACAACCUUGUGCAAAGAAUUCUUCAUCAUAGAAUUAUAUAAAAUUAAGUUGAGGAUGUGAUAAACAUAGGUCUCAGUACUUAAGGGAAUCGAUAAUAUGUAUGAAUUGGGGAUUGCUGGUGAUAUAUAUACCACACAUCAUUUGCUGAGGACCACACCUAUUUUGGUCCUUAGCAAAUGUGUAGGGGCACAGGUGACCCAGUCGUCUCAGAAGCGUUUGCUGUGCAGAGUUGCGUCCCUUGGGCACGCCAGAAACCUAUGAUUGUGGGCUGGAAUCCCGGU